AUGCGGCGACCAAAUGGCACAUCUGAGGUGGUGUUUUCGCCGGAGGAAGUUGGUGCCCACAUUGUACAUAUCGACUUCAAUAACAAACCAAUUGCCGGUAUGUUAUUUGUCAACCAUGAUCCAAAGAAUAGAAGUCCGUUUACGGUACGUGUCGUCGAUCCAUCAAAAGUGGUGGUGAACGAUCUAGACAUGGAUCGUGAUGGUUCAUUCUUGCUGCGCCUCGGACAGCAGAAUGUUUUUGACGUCGACGCUACCGCUGCCGGACCCGGCAAACUUCGUGCUGAAGUUCGGAAUUCCGAGAGUGCGCUGCUCGGUGAAGGUCCGGCCGUCGACGACCUCGGCUACGGAAAGUACCGCGUCGCAUUUACUCCCAAACAUCCCGGACGAUACUCCAUCUACCUAUAUUGGAAUGAAUUACCGGUGGAGAGCGCAUUCCCGGUACGAGCACGCUCAUCUGAAGAGCGCACCACGACAACGACAACAACUCGUGAGAUUCGUGAGACUCGUGAGACAGCAGCCCCAAUUGCACACGUCAGGGAUAAAUCAUCGUCUUCAAUUGAUGAUGAUGUGUCGCGAGUGAUGGUACGAGGUGAUGGUCUACACCGAGCUCAGUUAAAAGAGCCGAAUGAAUUCAUUGUGGACGGAAGCGACGCAUCUAGAGGCAAUUAAGGACGAUUGACGGCGACGCUGUUCGGCACAAAAGCUGACGUUCCCGUUCGGGUUCAACAGCUGGGGUACAAUGUCUACAAGGCCACAUACACGCCGUUGACUGGUGGCAAUUAUGAACUUCACAUACUUUGGAACGGUAGUCACGUUAAAGGAUCUCCAUUCAAG